GGAUAUCACUCCUUCACUUUUCCACGUGGUAGCGGAGGAGGAGGAUCGGUUUAUUUUUGCUGUGAUAUUUUAACUUGACAAAAAUGAGUUCAAGCGUGUGUUACAGAUGUAAUCGUACUGGACAUUUUGCUCGGGAAUGUACACAAGCUGGUGCAGUACCUGGAGCUGGAGCAGGAGCAGCAGGAGCUACUUUUGGCCGGGGAGGCGGCGCAACUGGCGGCGGCGGGCGAGGAGAGAGCAAAUGUUACAAAUGCAAUGGCUUUGGACAUUUUGCUCGUGAAUGCCGCGAAGAGCAAGACAGGUGUUACCGUUGCAACGGCGUUGGCCACAUCUCAAGGGAUUGCCAUCAGAACUCCGAUGGUCCUUCAUGCUACAACUGCAACAAGACAGGGCAUAUCGCCCGGGAUUGCCCUGAUUCAUCAAGCGACUUCGGGGGUCGUGGAAGCAACUCAUCUUGCUUCAAUUGCAACAAGACCGGGCACAUCGCUCGCAACUGCCCUGAAGGAUCUGGAGGAAAGAGCUGCUACAGCUGCGGAAAAUCUGGCCACAUCAGCCGUGAUUGUGACCAAAACGACCGGAAUUAAGGACUUGCUGUAAAAUGAUCCAACAGGUACUUUUUUUACGCAAGUGGUGUAUUGGAAGAAUAUUUACAGUGUUUAAAAUUUAUUGGCAGGUAUAAAUGUCACUUCAGAUAUUGUGUGUAUGACACUUAACAGUGUUCAUAAUCAGUGAGUAAAUGUCAUUUUGCUAGAACAAACCGCCACGUUUGCAGUGUGGGUGUUUGUUGACCAUUCCCAAAUCUGAAAUGUCAUUCAUUAAGUAUAAAAUUAAAUUUGUAGGCUAGUUGGUAUAAAUUUCAUGUCGGUCAGUUGUGGUUGAAAUCGAUGACGCCGUUAUACAAUGGAGCCGCCAUUUUGUUGUGUAGCAUGCAAAUGUGCUCGCCAGCCUAGUUUUACGUGGCAUUAAUGUAUUAUUAUUCUGUAAGCCUCAGACUCAUUUAUUUUGGAUUACUUUUUUGUUGUACGCUGUUUUACUUAAAUUAUUAAAUUCCAGUAUUCGCAGUUAAUGGAAGUUCAAAUUUAAUAGUUUUACCCUCUGUACUUUAUGCAAUUUCGCUUGUACGUAAUUGUGUAAAUAAACUUUCUGCCUUCGCAUGUUAGGAAAUGAAUUGCUGAAUUUUUAUUAUGAAAUUUUGGUGUAAAUUUACGGUCACCUAAGAUAUUUUUUUAUCUGUGUAAUUCUAUUGCACAAUUUAGUAGGUUGUUGGGUUGGGCGGUUAAUCACCGUAAGUGUAGAUAAUGUUAUGACGUGAGUUCACUGUACUGAUAUCAUUCAGGGUCAUUGAUGGGCGUAUGGGACUUCCAGCAAAGAUAAGCCGGUUUUCGUCUUGCCCAUGUCAGAAUUAGCUUUCGAUUUAACAAUUGCAGAACUGUUAAAAUAAUGUUAUUUACAUUGAUGCUUAAGUUUGUAUUACAGCUGACUCACGGUGUUAUAAAAAAAUUCCUGAACUCUUUCUGCUCCAAGAAAAUCUGUUGACUGUUGAAAUGGGUGUCGUUUUUUGUUUGCAAUAAACUGCAUAACACUUAUUUUUCUAUGUUUUUAAGCAAGUUAACCUUUUUAGUGGAAAAUUGUUAAUGGUGCAUAAAUUUCUUUACAAUUAUGCCUAGUGUGUGUGCAUUUAAACUUGAACAACCCUUAAACAUUAGGGAUAUAUUGUAAAUGACAAGUGUGCUAAACCACAUGCUGGUUACUAAAGCAGUUUUCAUAAUGGUAAAACUCAAGACAUUAAAUUAAUUGCAAUUAAUAGAACAUGAAAGAUUUUACAUAGAUAGAGCUAUUGCAUUUGGUGAACAGAAUGUUUUAAACAUUGUAGGUUUGUUUCUUUUUAAAUUAAAGGUAAAUUUGAAAGUA